AUGCUGGGCCUGUCGGGGCCCGGUCCGCCGCCGCCGCCACCGCCGCCUUACUACCUCCAACCACUCGGACUGUCGAUGGUGCCGGGCCCGUCGCAACAACAAAACCCGCACAUUGUGAUGGGCGCCUCGUCGGCGCCCUCCACCUCGUUCACGAACCAUCUGGGACCGACGGCGGCGCCGUCGAGUGACACUUUGCUGCUGCAGCUGCGACAAAAGCCCAACUCGCGCGUCUUUCGCGCUCUUUUUCAGUACCUACCGCUGCGCGACUCGCCGAACGAGAACCCGCAGUUGGAGUUGAGUCUACAGCCGGGCGACGUGAUUCUCGUGAAGGGCGAGAUGGAUUCGGACGGAUUCUACCGCGGCGAGACUCUCGACGGACGACAGGGACUCGUCCCGUCGAACUACGUCGAGAGGUGAGUCUUUUUUGUGGGAAACGAGGAAAAAAAAAAGUGGUCCGAUGCACCAUAGUGCGUCCAUCAGGAGUCGCUGAAGCGUGUCGUCCUUUUGAUUCGGCGCCGCCGCAAAAAGUGCCUCAAUUUGCAGGGUGCCCGAUACGGUUUUGUUGGCGAACGCACGCGCGCCGUCACCGUCGUUUCCGCUCCGAAUACCGCCGCAUUUGUCGACAAUAGCACAUGAUUUUUCGUCGCCCGAUCACUCGACACUUCCCGACUCGGUGAGUCUUUUUGGUUUUUGGGGUGGUUCGAAGCAUUGCGAGGAUAUUGUAGGUUUGUCCAUAUCCGCCGGCGGACGUCACAAAAGUCACGGUGCAGGAGAUUAAGAGCAACGAGACGCCGAGGGGUGAGUUUUUGAUGAUAUUCUAUUGGAUAGAGCCAAAAAAAGCCGUCUGAGGGACCGUCUAAAGGUCUGCCGGUCUGACCACGUCUUAGGGUCCAUCUAACAAGGACCGUCUGCUUAAGGAUCGUCUAAGGAUUCGUUUAAAACAAUCUGGGGGAAAAAAAACGACUCUUCCUCUCUUCUUUGCCAUUUUUGAGUUGAAAAUGAACCGAAACUUGACCGGAGACCUUCUAAAAAUCCCCAUAUCCAAGUACGAUUAUACGCCGGCUUCAUUCAUUCAUUCAUUCAUUCAUAUUUUGCCCGUAGGCACCAAGAUUUGCGCCGCCGCUUCUCGGAGCUGUCAUCCAUCUCCUUCUCAAUAAUUCAUUCCUCUCCACAUAUGCCCCUUUCCCGAUUUCUUCUUCUUCCUCUUCUUCUUCUUCUUCUUCUUCUUCUCUCUCUCUCUCUCUCUCUCUAUCUUUCCAUUUUUGGCCACGGCGACCACUACCACAAAAAGAGGAAGAGCGGUCCCCCAUCAUCAUCAUCAUCAUCAUCAACGUCUGGGGGCAAGAAAGAAAGAGAGAGAGAGAGAGAGAGAGAAAGAGUGCUCUACUAAUUCCAUUUGUGUGGAAGAAAGAGAAAGAGAGAGAGAGAGAGAGGGGGACCUAAUCUGAACUGACAGAUGACCCCCAGAGAGAGAGAGAGAGGGAGCGGACGCAAAUUCGAUGAGCUCGGCGAGCCCGUGUGCCGCUCCGAUGCGUGAAAAUGGAAAAACUGGAGGGACACGGGGGGGUCGGAAUGUUUUCUCGCGAAUCGGAAACCGGAAGUCGGAAUCCCAUACUCCCAAAAAAAAACGAAAAAAAAAACGUUUUCUCUUGCGCCGUCCGCUCAUCUUUUUUGUGCCUAAAAAUGGGAAAGGAAUAAUAUCUCGUCACUUUAUGAAUUCCCCACAGAGUUCUUCUCUUUUGCCGCGUUACCACCACCACCACCACCACCACCACCAAAAAAAAGCGAGGAGAAGAAGAAGGGGGGAAAAAAGUGAAAGGGGAGAGCUUUUCUGGGGGGAAAAGGGGGUUAACCUUCGAAGCCAUGUGCUGAACCGAAACAAAUCGGUUAGAAAAUCAAUAAAAACCGGUACAAACUCGGUUUUGCACACCGAUUUCUCGGGAAACCCCGCAAAUCUCGCCGACUUUGCAGUCCAAAGUCGGCAGAAAUUUGCGGGAAAUCCGGGGUGCGCGCAGCUGAACGAGUGUUACCGUACACCGUAAAACUGCGGUAUUUUUUUGAAAAAUUUACAAAUAUUUUUUUGAGAAAUUUAAAUUUAUUUGAAAAAAAUACCGUUGAAAAAUUUAUGCAAGAAAUUUGAAAAAUUUACAAAUAUUUUCGAGAAAUUUAAAUUUUUUUGAAAAAAAUACCAUUUAAAAAAAUUUACCCAAGAAAUGUGAAAAAAAUUGCAAAUAUUCUCGAGAAAUUUAAAUUUUUUUUGAAAAAAAUACCGUUGAAAAAUGUAUCCAAGAAAUGUGAAAAAAAUUUCAAAUAUUCUCGAGAAAUUUAUAUUUUUUUCAAAAAAAUACCGUUGAAAAAUUUACGCAAGAAAUGUGAAAAAAAUUGCAAAUAUUCUCGAGAAAUUUAAUUUUUCAAAAAAAUACCGUUGAAAAAUUUAUCCAAAAAAAUUUGAAAAAAAUUGCAAAUAUUCUCGAGAAAUUUAUAUUUUUUUGAAAAAAAUACCGUUAAAAAUUUACGCAAAAAAAUUUGAAAAAUUUACAAAUAUUCUCGAGAAAUUUAAAUUUUUCAAAAAAAUACCGUUGAAAAUUUAUCCAAUAAAUAUGAAAAAAACUGCAAAUAUUCUCGAGAAAUUUAAAUUUUUUUCAAAAAACCGUUAAAAAAAUUUACGCAAAAAAAUUUGAAAAAUUUACAAAUAUUCUCGAGAAAUUUAAAUUUUUUUCAAAAAAAUACCGUUGAAAAAUUCACGCAAGAAAUUUGAAAAAUUUUUCAAAUAUUCUCGAGAAAUUUAAAUUUUUUUCAAAAAAAUACCGUCGUUGAAAAAUUCACGCAAGAAAUUUGAAAAAUUUUUCAAAUAUUCUCGAGAAAUUUAAAUUUUUUUCAAAAAAAUACCGUAGUUUUAUGGUGUACGGUAACACUCGUUCAGCUGCGCGCACCCCGGAUUUCCCGCAAAUUUCUGCCGACUUUGGAGUGCAAAAUCCGCGAGAUUUGCGGGUUUUCCGAGACUUUGGACGCGGCAUAAAGUUCUAAUAUAACGCUAUCAUUUUGCAGUGCCGUGCCCGCGAGAGUUGAUAGUGGAGAAGAAGUUGUCGCGAAGUGCAUUGGUAUCCUGGAGCCCGCCGGAAGAGUCGUUCGUCGCCGUAUCCCAGUACCACGUGUGUGUCGACGGAGCCGUUCGGGCAAUUGUUCCAGGCACCUAUAAGGUGAGCAUUUUUUGAAUAGUACAAUAGUUGAUCUAAUUUCGAGGCGCUACAGUAGGCCAGGGAGGGGUGGUACAAAAAAAUUGUCAAUUACAAAAAUAUAGUACAAAGUGUCUACUUCAUUUUUGUAGUUGACAACUUUUGUGUACAACCACUUCUGACUGGACUGUAGCUGUUGGAAGCGAAAGCGAACCAAAGUUUCUCUGAGUUUUUUCAACGUGAACUUUACAUUUUUUUUUCAGUGUCGGGCACUGGUCGAAGACAUUCCACUCGAGUCCUCGGUGAAUCUGUCGGUCCGAGCGGUCACCGAACACGGUCACUCGCCCGACGCGUGUUGUACGAUAGCAAUAGGAAAUGGUGAGUGUUUGCUUAUUGCAACCGCAAAACUGCGUAAAAACGCCGAAUUUCCACAAAAUUUUUGCUGGAAUGUGUUCCCCCACUCUACAGUAGUACGCUCUCAAUUUUUUUUCCGCAAAUUUUCGGUACAUUCCGAGCUGCACCGCUCCAAAGUUGCACUGUUUUCUCCCCGGCCGAGGAGGGGGCGUGGCCUCGCUUGCAAGUUUGCCGCACGCGUUUCUCUGCUGUUUUUGGCGAAAAAACAACAGGAUUAUAAAGUUUCAGCUCGAUUUUCCCCGUCUUUUGUCGAUUUUUUGUGUUUAACAGGUAAUUUGAGAUAGAAAUACGUUUUAGAAGUUGUUUAUUGUGCUGAAAUUUCGUUUUUUCCAGAAAAUCGGUCAACGGAACCAGAAAAACUCAAUCAAUAGAUCAAUUAGCAGAACAAAGAACUCGAAGCACCGUUGUUCUGUUACAAAUUGAUUCGUUUCAAAAAACAGCAAACAUUGAAAAGAAAAUUGAGUUGUUUUGAGAAAAAAAAAUCGAUUUUGAACUGAAAAAUGCGGAAAACCCAUCGAUUUUUCACGGAAAAUCGAGUGCUCACUUUCGCAGUCAUCGCUGAAAUUUUUUCACAACUUUUUCUGUCAGUUUGAGGGCCUGUAAAAAAACAGAGAAGACAAAAUCUGAUUCUGACUUAAAAAACGGAUUCCUCAUCUCUUAAACUGUCGGAAUCAAUACAAAUUAGCCACACAAGCUCUCAGACUGAGUUCCAUUUUCGUUUUUGCCGUUUUUGGGAAAAACUAUGCGUUUUCACGAGAAACUGAGUUGUUUAUUUCAUUCAGCACGGUCGAUUACAUAAAAUAACAUUUUUUGGGAAUGGUACUUCACCGCGCGCGCGCGAAACUGGGGGAUAAAAUUCGGCAGGCCACUCCCCCUAUUCAUAACAGCACAAAAUGUUUUAAUUGUAGCCGCCAUUUCUUAAAAACAUUGCAGAGAAAGAUCAGCCUCAAUUUUUACUAAAAAUGACACUUUUCAGAAGCUCAAGUAGCCCCACAGCAGGUGCGUGUGUGGGCCGUCACGCCGGUGUCCGCAUGCAUCCGAUGGUAUCCAUCGAACAGCAACGCCGAGCACGUCGUCUCGCUGAACGCCGUCAAAGUCGGCGUUUGUCCGCCCACUGUCUUUCAAGUGAGUUUUUUUGCAUUCAAAGCAAUUUAUCUCGGCUAUCGGCAGAGAUGUCAAAAAGCUGUCAAGUAAUUAAAUGUUCACUAAGACAUUUUCUACAUUUUACCGGUUGACCACUUUUCAAUAUCUCUACUGCCAACGGAGUUAUAUUGUCUUGAAUAAACGGUACUUGGUUCUGAUCCCCUACUCAAUAAUAUUUUGUGUUUUGGUCGGAUUUCUCGAUUCAAAUCAUGAUUCACUGCCUCCAAACCGAGCUCAAGUGCACAUUCGCCCCUUCCUCAAAUCCUCUUCAAAAAUCCGCAUUUCCUCUUCCUUCCGCUCUCCAUUUCCGCUCGUUAAUCUGUUCCCUUUCGGCUCAAGCGCUAAGCUUUUGCCUUUUUGAUCAUGAUCUUUUGUGUGGGCGUAUCAGACACAUUAUGAAAUACAAAAAUGCUUGGGGACUAUCUUAAUAUACACAUUUUUGGUAUACACAUUUCGAAAUCUGCUAUAGGCCAUUGGAAAAGCGAGAUAAUCCUUCUAUUUUCCAUUUAUUCGCCCCGAAAAGACUAUCUCACAUUCAUCUCGUUCUUUCUUCUUCUUCUUCUUCUUCUUCCUCUUGUCAUGCACGGCACGAAAGACCGGCUCAUUUUGCUAAUGAGCUGGCUCAAAAGAGAGCUCCAGAAGCUCGCCAACUCGCUCCAUUUCGGUCCUCCGACUCUCUCUGGUUCCUACAUGAAUAACUUUCAGGUCCAACUACAAGGUCUCCAACCGUCGACAAUCUAUCGGGUAUCGGUCAGGACCAAACAUCCGAAGGCGGUGCUCGAGCAGCGGCCCGUCGAACGAUGCACCGAUUUUAAGACGUUGCCGAAGAGUGAGUCAUUUUUCACAGCCGCCAAUUUUCGUGUCAACGCGGAUGUGAUGCACCGCAAUUUAGCACUUUGCCAGACAUUUGUGUACGGCUUCCUAGCCUCUAAUCUCCUUGCUCAAUGAUAUUCCACGACUUCUUGUUCGUCCAAAAUGACUGAAACUAGUCCUAGUCCGCCAAAACCACGCAUUUGUUCCCGUUGCAAGUACUCAUCUCCAUAGCAUCUUUCAAGUUUGGCCACAAUCUGCUCUCUAGACUCGGCGCAUUCAAAAAUUUGCAUUUUUGAACAAUGCGCCUCUUUUUUAUGUGAAAACAUACACUUUAUAUGGCUUUCCGCGCUCCUUACUCUUACAUUCAAAUGUUUCAUUUUCACAUCAAACUUUGCUCGCUUGUCGCGUUCGAUUGCUCACUGAAAAUCCGGAGAGCUUGGUUUCCAAACAAUGUUUUUAGUGUUCAGAGCCCGAAACUUUUGAGCAGCGUCGAAAAAGUCGAAAAAUUAGCAGUCCCCGCGCCGGCGUUGACCUUUCCCUUUUGUGUGCAUCGGCCGCCCUAUCUUUUCUCUUUUUUUUUUUUUGCGCGCGCGAGCUCUCGCGCUCGAGCCGCGCAAGCGAAAUGAAUAUUUCAGUGUCCCCGGACACUGCCCUUCUUCUUCUUCUUCUUCUUCUUCUUCUUCUCCUCCUCCUCCUCCUUCCAUUCUUUCACUUGUCCACCCACCUCUUCUCACACUUUUUCGGGCGCCCAUUCGGUUUCGCAACACGCCCCCCAACGUUCCCCAACUAUUAUAAAAACGUUCAUUUGUGUGACUUUCGAAACUUUCAAACACAAAACAAAGUCGUAAAAGCGUAAUUUGAACGUAAAAAGGUGUUUGUUUGCAGUCGGUCUGCCGGAUCCGCCGUCGCACGUGCAAGUCGAGAUCGGACCGCAGCCGGGCACUCUGCUCGUCUCCUGGCAACCGGUCGCCAAUCAGCCGAAACCGCCGUCGCGCGCCGCCGUACACUCGUACCUCAUCUACGCCGACGGAAAGAACAUUGCACAGGUGCCGCAGGCCACAGGUUCGUGCAAGCAACACUUUUUGGGUCUCCAGGGAUCCACGGUAAAGCCGGUUAGAACAGCGAAUUGACUAGCUGAAUAGUGCUAAAACCCGGACCCUGGUGUCUUUUUGUCUGUCCUCAGCACCGAAGCAUCGAACCAAAACGGGCGUGGAUGUCUAUCCUAGCAACCGUAAACGGCAAUUCCGAAAAUUCCGAAAAUAUGAAGGCCCCGUUCAAACUUUUGUAGAUUUAUGGCCUAGUAACCGGCUCGCGCCGCCGGCCCUGGAUACCACGUUUAAAUACAACGGACUUUGUUCGGUCUUGAACAUUUUCGCUUCAUUCUUCUCGGCUACUGUAGCGCUUUGAAAACGUUUGAGCACCCUUAGCAUUACGAAAUACAUAAAUGCUUGGGCGCUUUCUUCAUACACACAUGUUUCGAAAUCUGUCAUAGGAUGCUAGAAGAAGAAGAAAUUCACUGCUGUUUGGUGUAAUUCUAGACACACAAAGAUAUUGUCUAUCAUAUGUUUGAGCUACAGUAGUAAUUGAUCCCGGAAACUGUAAACCUGUAACUUGAUCAAUAAAAUUGUGUGCUGCAGCGGACCACGUAGUCCUCCGCCUCUCGGAUCUCUCUGACGACCCGCCGAUCUUCAUCACUGUGCGCACAAAGACCAAAGAAGGCGCCGUCUCGUCGGACUCGAACGUGGCGCGAGUGCCGCGAACCCAAGCGUCGGGCGUCGCCACCCAAUCGCUGCCCGCCGGACCACCGACGAUCGAUCCGCUGACGCUCGUCGACAUGACCUCCUCGUACCCGUCGUAUCCGCCGCCGCCGCAGCACAACCCGCUCGUCGCUAAUUGUGAGUAUAGCCGGUUCUCGGGUCUCGCGCGGGGUUUCAGAUUGGUGUCAUACGAGCCAUGCGAAAAGUGUGAAUAACAAACAACUCAUUAGAUUUCCCACGCCUCGCUUCAUCUGAAUCCGCGAAAAAGAAGCGGAGAAAAGAUUUGUGCAAGUGUCACGCACGCUCAAGAGGACACCCGGCCAUUCAUUCGUCCGUCAAAAGAUCUCCGUUAUUUUUACGUGAAAUCCGCCGUCAACCUUUUUCUUUUGCAGCCAUGUACGUGCCGUUGGGCUCUGCGGGAACACUGACCAACGGCCACGUGGCACCACCUCCGUCGUCCGCUGUCGCUCCGUUCACCGCGCCCGCACGGAUGGUCGGCGCCACCGGACUCAUGACCUAUCAGCAACCGUCGUAUCCGAGUGUACAACAGCAGCAGCAGAGCAGUGCGCCAGGCGGAUAUGCCACGUUUGACAGGUAAUCUAGGCGUGGACUGAUGCAAAAUGGUCCUCUAGACUUGGUGCAUUAACCUUACUCUCAAGUCCUAAGAGCAUUUUUCCAAAUUUUCAAAGCAUUUCCCAAGUUCUAUAGACAUUUUCGAGGUCCUGAGAUCAUUUUCUAGGUCCUGGGGGUCAAUUUCUAGGUCCUGAUGUGGUUUUUUAGGUCCUGAGGUAGUUUUUUAGGUCCUGAUGUGGUUUUUUCGGUCUUGAGGUGGUUUUUUAGGUCUUGAGGUGGUUCCUUAGGUCUUGAGGUGGUUUUUUAGGUCUUGAGGUGGUUUUAGGUCUUGAGGUGGUUUUUUAGGUCUUGAGCUCAUUUUCUAGGUCCUGGGGUCAAUUUCUAGGUCCUGGGGUCAAUUCCUAGGUCCUGGGGUCAAUUUCUAGGUCCUGGGGUCAAUUUCAGGGUCCUGGGUUCAAUUUCUAUGUCCUGGGGUCAUUUUCUAGGUCCUUGGGUCAAUUUCUAAGUCCUGAUGUGGUUUUUUAGGUCCUGAUGUGGUUUUUUUUAGGUCCUGAGGUGGUUUUUUAGGUCCUGAGCUGAUUUUCUAGGUCCUAAGGUCAAUUUCCAGGUUCUGGGGUCAAUUUCUAGGUCCUGGGGACAUUUUUCCGAGUAAUUAUUCCAAUUCCGAAGGACUUAUUCGGUGUCCUAAAAAGUAACUUGGACAUUCCAGAGUGCCCAAAAUUAAUUAGUCCUCCCUUCCCCCGCGGACCUAGCAAAAUGCACUCUAAGACCCCAAAAAUGGUCGUGAAAGUGCAUGCGCCACCUUUUCUCCUCGCAAUAUAUCGUCCAAUUCUCGCGCCGGCAGUUUCGUUUCUCAUAAAUAAAAGAUGUUCGCGCGGGUGCGAGAGAGAGAGAGAGAGACAGAGAGCUCUCAGUUCAGUGAGCCCUGCCCGGAGCCGCGUGCGGCCCGGAAAAGAAGAUAAAUGCGCGCGCGCGCGCGGCGCGGGCAGAACAGAAAACGAAAAGAAGAAGAGGAGGCAAUCUGAUAUGUCUGCGUGUGUCUGGAGUCGUCGCCGUCUUCUCCGUCCUUCGUUUUCCAGCUGACAAUCUGCCCGCAAUCUUCUCGUUUCUUUUUUUCGUUUUGUGUGUGUGUCCCGCCUCACAACACUGCGAAAAAUGCAUACAUAUGGUGUGUGGGUGUUGCAGGUCCGCGUCGCUCGGAGCCCAACCACAAAGUGCCGCCGCCGCCGCCGCCGCCGCAUCGAUCCUGCUCGGCGCACCGACACAACGACCGUCUUCCGGAGGACACACGGUAAGUCGGGGGAAUCAUUGGUUUUUUAGUGUCCGACUAUUUUCUGUUUCUAUGUGUCCACGCCUACUCCUCACAAGGGAUUUGGUCAGGUUCUGAGAGUUUUGUCCAGCAUCUUUGGACACGUAUAUCUCGAGUUGCGAUGGUUAUUUCAAAAAGUAGCCAACUGCAAAGUUGUACAGUUUUUCAAGCUUUACAACUUUCUAGUUGAUCAUUUCCUUUCAAAACCUGCAAUUCUCGAGUUGUACCCCUGAGAACCUCACCAACUACAUGUAUUCUUUGUCCACCGUGUCCAAUCCUCUUCACAAGUCCCUCUGUUCGUACGCUAAACGGCGGUUGCAGACGUGGAAACAACCGUCGCAAAUGUCGCAGUAUUACACGUUCCACCCGAACUUUUUGCACACCGAGCCGUCUGGUGCGGACGAGCCGCGGCCCUCGGUGCUUGAGAUGGAAAAUAGGUGAGCGAGAGAUGGGAAUCAAUUAUUGAUGGUGGGCAAGCGAGUAAAGUGGCCUAUUAUCCUAAAUUGUUGCCACAUCGCGUCACUCUAUUCCUGGACGCUUUCUUCAAAAUUGUAGACAGUUUCUUACAAGUUUCCCAUACGAUUACUGUAUCGAAUUUAGGCCCCAGCUGGAAAAAAAAAUGCAAAAUCUAAUCAUCGUGUACGUUUUUGCAGUUAUCUCAUGCGCCACCGUCAGGCGGCCGACUGGGCCAACGCGCCCGAGUCCCGGGACGCGCGAGCCCGCAUCGAGGCCUACUCGCGUGGGCUCGCGCGGGCCGGCUCGGCCGACGAGCGGAUGCACCACGGCUCGGUGAGCACCAUUCUGCGUCAACAACAACAACAACAACAGCAACAACGUCUGGUGGCACCGCGGUUAGCACGCGUAAAAUCUGAAAGUGGGUUUGGGACUAGAAGCGAACCCGAUCUCCGCCCUCCUACUUUGGAUUCCGACGACUGCCGACACUUCGUGGCGCUGUUCGACUACACGGCGGCGAUGUCGCCGAAUCCGAACGCCGAGUUCGAGGAGCUGCAGUUCCGGAAGCAUCAGCUGAUCAAAGUGUACGGCGGGCAGGAUCCCGACGGCUUCUUUCACGGCGUCAUCGGCAAUCGCGCCGGUCUCGUGCCGUCGAACAUGGUCAUCGAGAUUGCGAAAGAGGACGUUAGUCAACGGAGACCGACUACGAUGCCGGCGCCGCCGCCGCCGACCGCCCCCGAGCCGGCUCUUCGCAGACAGCGCUGGGGCAGUCUCAAGUCGAGAAGUUACGAUUAUGCCGGCGAUCGGAGUGUGCCGCACAGGUUAGCAAUCCGAAAAAAUUCCGUAUUCCGCAUUCCGCAAGCAAAAUUUUUGAAUUCUCAAUGAGACACGCCUUUUUCGAAUCCAAAAACCCAUGAUUCUUGCAGACCACAUCCGAACUACGUGUCGCUGGAUCGUCGCGACGAGCGGGACCGUUUGCCGGAAGGCCGGUACCGUCGUGGCGGUGGAGCGGUGAGUUCGCGGCCGGACUAUGAGUACCGCAGGCUGCCGGCGGACAAGGAAUACGACGGAGUGCAGUACCGGAGACGGCAGCCGAUUGUGGACCCGAGAGAUCGAGACGAUUAUGAGGACGACUAUAGGGACAAGUAUAGAGAUCCACGGGAUCUUAGGGACCCCAGAGAGCCUAGAGAGCCCAGGGAUAUCAGAGAUCCUAGGGACCGCUACGAUCGAGAUCCGAGGGAACGGGACCGACGAUACCCGUCUGAGGACCGAAGAAGACCCGAAGACCGUUAUCCGCCACGGGAACCGUAUGAUCCGUACCGCGAAAAGUACCGCGAACGGCCGAGGAUGGACGAGCCGGCGCCGUUCCGAGACGACCGCACCACCUACGAUUACCCGCCGACGCAGGCACGAUACGAGGCGAACCAGAUGGGACCGGGACCCCAGCCCGGUCCCAUGUCGCAGAUGAACCAUCAGAUGAGUCAGAUGUCGAUGCAGCAACAACAACAGCAACAACCGCUCGGAAUUCCGAGUUCCAGUGGGAUCGGAGGGAUGGGCGGCGCGGGAAUCGGGGGAAUGCAGCAGCAGCAGCAGCAGCAGACGGCCGACGCACAAAUGUACCCGAACGGGGUUGGCACGAUGAAGCAGUUGGUCGCCAAGUUCGACUACAAUCCCCGGCAAUUGAGUCCGAACGUCGAUGCGGAGCAGGUGAGCGCUUUUGAUCGAUUGAUAUUCACAUUACCUUCCAUUUGCAGGUGGAACUAACAUUCCGUCAAGGCGACCGCAUCAUCGUGUACGGCGAGAUGGACGACGACGGCUUCUACAUGGGCGAGCUGAACGGACAGCACGGUCUCGUGCCGUCCAACUUUCUGCAAGCCAGCCCCCUCACGAACCUCGCGCCCUCGCAACCGCCGGGACCGAUGCGAAAAGAGGUCGCGUUCUCGGACGCCGCCGUCGUACGCAAGACCGCGCCCGUCCGACAGCCCUCGCAAACGUCGAACGCGCCGGGAGCCACGAUGGCGAGUGUGACUGCCGCCGCGGCCGCCGGAGCCGUCAAACCGGUGGCGAAGAAGGCGUCGGCGGGCGCGACCGCCGGAAAAGCGUUGGCCAAGAAGACGAGCGAUGUUGGCAAGGUUUGACAUACAUACUACUAUCGGGACAUUUGAAUGUGAAUGCGCUCUGUUGACAUCUCUCGAACAACUUUCAAUGUUUUCUACCGGGCUUGAGAUCACAAUUGAAACAGAACGCAUUCACAUAAGUGAAAAAAACGGGCGUGGCCUACUAAAACUUGAUUUUCAGUCCUCUACACCGAAUGCUCGAAAAACGAGCACUGCCGUCAAGAAGAGCGACACCGGUGCGAAGGUAUGAACUUGUUGCGCGAACCGACCAGAUUUCAAUAAUUUUGUUUUUUCAGCCGAAAAAGUAA